AUGCUCUACCUCAUCUCGCACAAUGACGAGAUCUACGAGAACGAUAUUUUGCGCAGCGCUGGCAACGUGAGGGCUUGGCUGGACUAUGCACACUUCAAGCGGCAACAUGGCACGUUGCUCGAGCAAUCAUUCGUGCUCGAGCGCGCCUGCAAUGCGCUGCCCCGAAGCUACAAAUUGUGGAAGAUGUAUUUGGAGCUGCGCGCAACCCAUUUGAAGGGCAGGAAUCCGGCCAAAUGGAAGGCGGAAUACCAGAAAGUCAAUGCCCUGUUCGAGAGAGCCUUGGUGCUGCUCAACAAAAUGCCGCGCAUUUGGGAGAUGUAUCUGGAGUUUCUCAUGUUACAGCCGCUCAUCAGCUUCACCAGACGGACCUUCGAUCGUGCACUACGAGCGCUGCCCGUGACACAGCAUGGUCGCAUAUGGAAGCUCUAUAGACCCUUUGCGACCAGCGCAGGUGGAGAGACGGCGGUCAGGGUGUGGAGGAGAUAUAUCCAGCUGCAUCCCGAGUACAUCGAGGACUUCAUAGAGCUGUUGGAACGGGAAGGCCGCUACACAGAGGCCGUGCAGCGCUAUAUUGAGAUCCUGAACAAUUCGAAAUUCAAGAGCAGGGAAGCAAAAGGUCCGUUUCAGCAUUGGACCGAAAUGCUGGAGAUUUUGAUCGAUCAUGCCCGAAAAGUGCCGAACCCCGUACCAUUACUAGAUGGUCGCGCAAUCGACGUCGAGACCAUUGUGAGAUCAGGCCUUGAACGCUUUCCGGACCAGCGAGGCAUCCUCUGGGUAGGCCUGGCCAGAUACUACAUCAACCUGGGCAAUUACGAACGCGCGCGAGACAUCUUCGAGCAAGGCAUCACAACCGUCAUGACAGUCCGAGAUUUCAGUGUUGUGUUCGACACUUACGCCGAAGCAGAGGAAGCCCUGAUCUCAAUCAAACUCGAAGAAUCUGCCGCGCGACAACAGAAAGGCAAGGUGGAUGAAGACGCAGAUCUUGAUCUCGAUAUUCGCAUGAUGCGCUUUGAGCAACUCAUGGACCGCCGGCCUUUCCUGGUGAAUGACGUGCUCUUGCGACAAAAUCCUCACAAUGUCAAUGAGUGGCGGAAACGUGUUGCUCUAUGGGGCGAUAACAAGCAGAUGGUGGUGCAAACUUAUGCAGACGCGAUUGCUGCAAUUGCACCAAAGAAAGCCGUCGGCCGCUUCCACGAGCUCUGGGUCAACUACGCAAAAUUUUACGAAGCUGGCGGGGAUCUCACGAACGCGCGGAUCAUCAUGGAGAAAGCCGUCAAGGUACCAUACAAAUCAGUUGCGGAGCUUGCAGAAUGCUGGACCGAAUGGGCGGAGCUAGAGCUUCGGAAUGAGAAUUUCGACCAGGCCGUCAACAUUAUGGCGACCGCGACCAAGGCACCAAAGAGGAGCAACGUCGACUACUUUGACGAGACGCUUUCGCCGCAGCAGAGAGUGCAUAAAUCUUGGAAACUAUGGUCUUUCUACGUCGAUCUUGUGGAGUCUGUAUCCUCGUUAGAAGAGACGAAGAAGGUUUAUGAGCGGAUCUUUGAACUUCGCAUCGCCACGCCGCAGACAGUCGUCAACUAUGCCAACCUGCUCGAAGAGAAUGAGUACUACGAGGAAUCGUUCAAAGUCUACGAGCGCGGCCUCGACCUCUUCUCGUAUCCUGUCGCCUUUGAACUCUGGAAUCUCUACCUCACCAAAGCAGUUGACCACCGGAUAUCCAUCGAAAGAUUACGCGACUUGUUCGAGCAAGCGAUUGAAGGGUGUCCACCUCGCUUCGCCAAAACACUCUUCCUGAUGUACGGCGCGCUGGAGGAGGAGCGUGGUCUUGCACGACACGCCAUGCGGAUAUAUGAACGCGCAACACGUGCUGUUGCGGACGAAGACCGCGCCGAGAUGUUCGAGUUCUAUAUCACUAAGAGUGCUUCGAACUUCGGACUCACGUCAACGCGAUCGAUAUACGAACGCGCAAUCGCUGCUUUACCAGAUAGGGAAGCUUCGUCAAUGUGCAUAAAGUUCGCAGAAAUGGAGCGUCGGCUCGGCGAGAUCGAUCGCGCACGAGCCAUUUAUGGCCAUGCAUCACAAUUCUGUGAUCCUCGCGUUAACGCUGAAUUCUGGCGGAAAUGGGAAGCGUUUGAAGUACAGCACGGCAACGAAGACACUUUCAAGGAAAUGCUGCGAAUCAAGAGAUCCGUGCAGGCCCAAUUCAACACGGACGUCAACUUCAUUGCAUCACAAGCAGUGGCAAGACAGCAAGCUGCCAGUGGUCAGACAAAUGGAGCUGCAGAAGACAAUGACGAAGUAGAGAUGUCAGGCGAGAAAGUCGAUGCCAUGGCUGCUCUUGAAAGACAAGCAAGAGCGCCGGCCGGCUUCGUUGCAGCUUCGAGCGGUCCAGAAGGUGGUAAUCGGCCAAAGGUCAACCAGGAUCAGGAGAAUCGUGCUGUUCCAAACGCUGAUGAGAUUGAUAUUGACGAUGACCUUUAG